AACAACCAUUGAUUAAUAAACAAAUCCACAACCAUUGAUUAAUAAACAAAUCCACACACCUUUUUUUCUCUUCUGUUUGGCGUGCCUCUAUUUUUCUUCCUCUUCUCUUCUACAAGUUUCGUCUCUAUCCCUGGUCCUACUCUGCAUGUUAUCACAAGGACAAGAACCCUCCAAAGUCCAAAUCUUACGCCAAUCAUAAACACUGGAUUGGGUACUUUUCUGCACACACACACAAUGAAAGUAGAACACGCAUAUCAAUAACCAAAAAAGCUUGAACCUCCAAAAACAUGUUCUCAAAGCUUCACCAACACCAGCAGCAGCAGCAGCAGCACCAACAACAACAACAACAGCACCCUUUCCAACUCUCCCGGGAUUGCCAAACCUCCGAGGAUGACGACAGCCGCAGCAGCGGUGGCCUCACCCCCUCCACCGCCCAGAACCUCUGCGGCGGCGGAGGUGGUGACGAAGCCACCAUUGAGGUCGUGCGCCGGCCCAGGGGCCGCCCACCUGGGUCCAAAAACAAGCCCAAACCGUCAUUAAUUAUAACUCGCGAGCCCGAGCCCGCUAUGAGCCCAUACAUUCUUGAAGUCCCUGGAGGAAGCGACGUCGUUGAGUCCAUAGCCCGGUUCAGCCGCCGCAACAACACGGGCCUCUGCGUCCUAACCGGUUCAGGAACCGUCGCUAACGUCACCCUCCGUCAACCCUCCACCACUCCCGGCGCCAUCGUCACCUUCCACGGCCGCUUCGACAUCCUCUCCCUAUCCGCCACCUUCCUCCUCCACAACCAACCGGGAGCCUCGCCGGCGGUCCCGAACAACUUCUCCAUCUCCCUCGCCGGACCUCAGGGGCAGAUCUUCGGAGGAAUCGUCGCAGGCCGUUUGCUCGCCGCGGGGACGGUUUUCGUGACAUCCGCUUCGUUCAACAACCCAUCGUAUCACAGGCUGCCAUCGGAAGAGGACGUGCAAAACAACUCUGUCUCCGGCGGUGGCGAUGUGAAAUCGCCACUGGUAUCCGGUGGCGGUGCGGAGAGUGGUCAUGUCCAUGCUGAGUCGUGUAUGUACAGCUGUCACCUUCCUUCCGAUGUGAUUUGGGCUCCAACUGCAAGACCACCUUUCUGAUACCAAUCACUUUUUUGUAUCAGAGAGCCCAUGGGCCUGCUUGGAGCUUCGUUGGAUGAAGAUAACGUACACUGACUAAGUGGCUAUAGUUGCUGACUGCUACUGUAAAUAGCUUUCUUGAUUUGGAAAGAGUGUAUGGCAGUUGAGAACGUGGCUAGGGUUGUGUUGUGCGUGCCAGUUUCUUUUCAAUAGCAUCAUCAUCAUCAUCAUCUUGGUGCGUUGCCGUAUCCUCUACGUUCUUUAUUUAAAGCUCUUAUGAAAAAUCCCUCCUUUGCUUUUUUUUUUUUCAUCUCGUUACACUUUAUAUCCGAUCUAUUCUGUACUUUGUUUUGUCUUUCUUGGUUCUCUCUCUCUCUCCCGUUCCCACGUCAAUUAAGGACAAAGGGAAGCUUGAAAAGUAAAAGCCAAGUUGUAAGUUUGUAACUUGGAAAUUGGAAUUGAACACUUGCUAGCUACUAUUAUUAUGCAUUAUCUUUUAUGGAACAGG